AAUUCGAAACUUCGAGAGCUCGAGAUUCAGAUGUUUCAGUCUCGGUUUCACUAAAUCCAAAGAAAUUAAUAUAAGCUCAAUUAAAAAUCUUUUAACAACUGUCGCAUUUUAAAUACAUUAAUCGAUCAAUUACUGGAGUGCGGAGUAACGAGACGAUUUUCAAGUGUUCUUCACGUGCUUUAUACAAUAUUAAAGAAUUACAUCAUCAGUUUUCGUGAUAGAAUAAUAGAAAAGAUGGGGAACACAGUGACAUCAGCAACAGUCUUAGCAGCAGAUUCAAUUACUCAAGUACCUCAAUCAAGUACAAGCAAGUAUCCUCACCCUCACAAGACAUUUGAGGGUUCACCUCCUCCAGAAUGUCCGAUGCAUCAGAAAUCCGUCGAACAGUCCCAGAAAUACACGAGUGAGUGUCCGAUUGACCACAUGGACCUCAACGAAAUAAAUCCCUUGAAUAUGAUGCCAGCUGGAAAUCAAAAUCCAGCUCCAGAUCAACCAUUCAAACUGCCAACAGACAGACAAGUCUCUUCGAUUCCCAAAGCGACCGGAGAAGGCGAAUUCUGGGUUUAUCCGUCACAACAGAUGUUUUGGAAUGCAAUGCUGAGGAAGGGCUGGCGUUGGAAGGAUGAGGAUGUCAAACCAAAGGAUAUGGAGGAUAUUAUAAAAAUUCAUAAUGCUAACAACGAACAGGCCUGGCAGGAAGUUCUCAAGUGGGAGGCCCUUCAUGCCAGGGAUUGUGGAGAACCAAAAUUGAAGAGCUUUGGGGGUAAAGCUAAGGAUUUUUCACCUCGUGCUAAAAUACGUCAUUGGAUGGGAUAUGAAUUACCUUUUGAUCGUCACGAUUGGAUCGUCGACCGAUGUGGAAAAGACGUGAGGUAUAUCAUUGAUUAUUACGAUGGUGGAGCUGUCGAUGCCAAAUACAAAUUUGCACUGCUGGAUGUGAGGCCUGCUAUGGAUUCGUUCGAUAAUAUCUGGGAUAGAAUGAAGGUCGCUUACUGGAGAUGGAGAUUCAGCGCUGAGAUUGAACAGGAGCAGCAGAAAGCUUCUUAAUUCUGCUCAACUUAACAAUUUGACUGUUAUAUGAUAUUUUAUUAUUAAUGAAAAUAACGAAACACGACGAUUGAGUGGAGAAUACUCGGCAUUAAUUCUUCUAUUAAAAAAAAAUAGUAAGGAGUUAAAUCGUUGGAGUUGAUCUGAGAAAUCUGCAUCUGUUGUUAUUCAUUACGAGAGUAGAAAAAUUUAUGUUUAAUAUCAUCCAUUAACAUUGCAUAUUUAGCAAUGAAAAACAAUCAUGUCAAGCCCGAAUUUUUUUCGCUCCCCAAGCGACUUCGAAUCGGGUUACCGCGAUUUGUCUGUUAAUUAAUAUAAAAAUGCUGUUGACAAGUUGUGAAGUGAUUAGAGAUAAGAGAUAUACGAAGAUAUUUGAAAAAAAAAUGGGUUGAAAAUAAUUUAAACACUUUGAGAUAGCAACGUUCAUCAAUUUGGCAAUUAUCAUUAGUCAAUACACAGUAUUUAUUAAUAAUAAACAAUUUAAAAUUCGUGAACAA